GGAUCUGACAUCUGCCCUGGCCGUGGCGUCCUCUCUACCUUGAAUGUUUGUGGAAUGGCUGCAGUUUGGCAGCAGGUGUUGGCAGUGGAUGCAAGGUAAGUCUCAUUUAAAGAACUGGUGGCAUGGCUUAAUGGCCUCACAGUACUGAUAAAAAUAAGUCUACUGAUACAGAUCUUGCAUAGAUUGCUGUCUAGGGCUAGCCUGGUUAAACCAGACUGACCGCUGCUAAAACAAUGGUGAUCGCAGUUGUUAGUCUCGUUAAACCAGGCUAGCCAAGGGCAUUGAUUGUAGUAAAACUGCUGUCAGCAUGUUUGUAUUAGUGAAUAGUAGGCCUAAUACUUAUACAGCAGUUCUCAGUUCAAGCAAAACGAUCUAAAGAAAGGUACAAAGUGAGAAAUUACCAUUCACAGAUCCUACUGUUGCUAAUAACUGUUGUCUGUCUCUCUCUCUCGCUCUCUUUACCCCCUUCCCGCGAUCCCUUCACAGGUACAAUGCUUACCGCACACCUACGUUCCCACAGUUCCGCACGCAAUACAUUCGCCGGCGCAGCCAGCUGCUCAGGGAGAACGCCAAGUGUGGCUUUGAGCCGGGGCUGCGCAGACAUUACCUGAGGCUGCGCAGCCAGCUGCUGGGCAUGCGCUACGGGCCCCUGUCUGAGCAGAGCAGCUUCAGGGCCAGCAGUGUGCGCAGCUCCCGCACCACAUUGGACCGCAUGGAGGUUAGACUCAGAGACUGAGAGGAAGGGAGAGCGAGAGCGAGAUGGUCAGAAACAGAAUACUGUCAAUAAGUAGUUUGAACAGUCAAGAUUAGACUGAGAUGAGAUGCCGUCAAGGUAAAUUGAGAUGGAGGGAGAAAGACAAACGUAGGCAGACUCAGAAGAUGAUUGUUUUGAUAUGGCCUGUAAAUCUCUCACUGCUUGCACUCACUCCAUUAGGUUCUCUUGCUCAUUAUCCCACCCUCUUUCUUGACAGGACUUUGAGGAGGACCCCCGUGCUCAGGGGGCUCGUGGUCACCGUCGAUCGGUGAGCAGAGGCUCCUACCAGGUAAAGGCCCAGAUGAACAGGGCAGUCUACGAUGAGAGGUAACCCCAGCCACUCCUUACUGAUCCCAUUCAUCCUUUAGUCUCUUUUCUUUUGAAACACUGGAUUGUUUCAUGUUUAUAAGCACAGCAUUUCAUUGAGUGAUGGUCAAAUGUGUAAUAAAUUAUUCUUCCUGAUUAGAAACGUUAGUUUGUUUGUGCCUACAGGCCUCCAGGUGCCUUGGUGCCAACCUCUGUGGCAGAGGCUAGCCGUGCCAUGGCCGGGGACACCACUCUGAGUGAGAACUAUGCUUUUGCUGGCAUGCACCACAUAUUUGACCAACACGUGGAUGCUGCAGGUGAGUGGAAAGGACAGUAUGUGAUGGAAAGAUAUCAAUGCAAGGACUGAGUAUUUCUGUGUCUUAUUCUCAUGUUUUGUUGGGUUCCCUCUUCUCCUCUAGUUCCACGGCUGCAGUUUGCUAACGAUGACAAGCACCUCCUAGCCUGCUGCUCAUUGGACAGCACUCUAUCUAUCAUGACCCUGUUCUCGUCCCCGCCCAGUGUGAAGGUGAUCCUGAAGGGUCACGCAGGUCCCGUCACUGACUUCGCUUGGUCCCUUAGCAACGACGUCAUCGUGUCGACGUCAAAGGAUGGGACGCUGCGUAUUUGGAACACGGAGGAUGGGAGGUGUAUCCGUGAGGUCAGAGACCCUGAGGCCAGCGAACUGCUCUGCUGCACCUUCCAGCCCAUGAACAACAACCUCACAGUGGUGAGUCAUAGUAAAAGCGUUGUCUCUACAAUGGCCAAACUCUCUUCCUUACGGCUUCCCUGACCUUCACCAAUGCUCACCCUGACCCCCUGACCUCUGUUCUGUCCUCCAGGUGGGGAACAGUAAGCACCUCCUGCAGGUGGUAAACAUCUCCACAGGGAAGAAGGUGAAGGGAGGUUCUAGUAAGCUGACAGGACGGGUGCUGUCUAUGUCCUUUGAUGCCCCUGGGAGGAUCCUUUGGGCCGGGGACGACAGGGGCAGCAUAUUCUCCUUCCUGUUUGACAUGGCCACAGGUAGACCGAGGAAAACCCUCUCUGCUUUUUAUGAAUAAGUAGUAUAAAAUCAUUUUAUCUAUAAAGCGCUUUAUCACAAACCCAAAGUACUAGGCCACAAGCAUAGGAAAGAGAAGUGUUGUGUGUGUGUGUGUCUAACAACAACUCUGAAUUUCGACCCACAGGGAAGCUGACCAAAGCCAAGCGGCUGGUGGUGAGUGAGGGCAGUCCCAUCUGCAGCAUCUCUGCCCGCUCCUGGAUCAGCAGAGAGGCCCGAGACCCCUCCCUGCUUAUCAACGCCUGUGUCAACAAACUGCUACUCUACAGGUCACACACACAGAGGCUCCAUUAGUUAUAAUCCAAACACUUAAAAAUGAAUUUAACUGUCAUAGUUUCAUUAACUGCUGCAUUUUGCAUUGGAACGUGUAUGUAAUAUCAGUCAUACAUACUUGUAUGCUAUUGCAUAAACAAGGAAGGUGUGAUCCACUCUGUGCACUGUAUGCUGAGUUGAGUUUGACUGGUUCUGUGUUCCUCUCGUCUUCAUAGAGUGGUGGAUAAUGAAGGCACUCUGCAGCUGAAGACGAGCUUCCCUAUCAAGCAUGGCUACCAGCCCCUCCACAGCAUCUUCUGCCCUCUCAUGUCCUUCAGACAGGGCGCCUGUGUUGGUAUGAGCCUCACUCACACUGCCUUACUUAUAACAUAGUUAUAGCAUAGGAUUGUUCACACCAGUAUUCUCUCUCUAACUCUCUCUUUCCUGUUUUUCUCCCCCUUUUCUCCUCUCUUUAUGCCAGUGACUGGCAGUGAGGAUGCCUGUGUCUACUUCUUCGAUGUGGAGCGCAACACUAAGGCCAUAGUCAACAAGCUGCAGGGUCACGGUGGCCCAGUGCUGGAUGUCAGCUUCAAC